UGUGUUCACACUACCGGACACGAUCAGUAAGCGCGAGGGAGACGUAAUGUAAGCUCGUGUGUUUGGGUCAUAUCUAUGGAUCGUUCAGUCUUAUAAUUCACACAAACUCAUAAUAUAAUCAUGCCGAUGAAAGGCAGAUUCCCCAUACGGAGAACGCUGGAGUAUCUGCAGAAAGGAGAAGUCGUGUUUAAAAACUCGGUGAAGAUUAUGACUGUCAAUUAUAACACACAUGGAGAUCUGAGUGAAGGAGCAAGGAAGUUUGUUUUCUUCAACAUCCCUCAAAUCCAAUACAAAAAUCCCUGGGUUCAAAUAAUGAUGUUUAAAAACAUGACUCCAUCUCCAUUCCUCAGAUUUUACCUCGAUGAUGGUGAGCAGGUGCUGGUGGAUGUUGAAGGUAAAGACCAUAAAGAAAUCACACAUCAUGUCAAGAAGAUCCUUGGCAAGUCAGAUAAAGUCCUUGAUGCCGAGGCGCUGGCUAAAAUGGAGUUGUCAAACCCUGCUAACUUUGGGCCCAAGAAAUAUUUUCUGCGCGAGUGUAUGAGUGAAGUGGAGGGUCAGGUUCCCCAUCCGGGUCUCGUACCCCUUCCCAAAGAGAUGACCGGCAAAUACAAAUCCAAACUGGCUGCUGGCUCAGAUGAUUAAGAACUGUUACCUCGGGGUCAAUUUUUUUGCAUUUACAUUUUAUGACAUUCAUUUCCAUUUCAAUUUUCAGUGUUCAUUCUAAUAAAGUAUUUGUCAAAUA